CUGUCAAAACUUCGACCGGCGUGCUUCCGAACGUGAAACCAAAACAAAAACAGCAAGAGUGUUUCGUGCGUGAAUUUGCGCGAGUUUUCGUAAAUUUUGAUCAAAACGCAUUGAAAUUUCAACAUUUUAACUUCAACGAAGAUAUAAAUUGCACAAUGACUGCCAGCAAAUCGGAAAACUCGCUCCGUCCUAUGCACUGCGAGUUGAACUUACUGACCAGAUCCGAUGGAUCAGCAAUGCUCACACAAGGUGAAACGGCAGUAGUGGCCUCCGUAAAUGGUCCCAUCGAAGUCAAACUGCAGCACAUGAACGUGGAAAAAUCGCACAUCGAUAUCUAUUUCAAACCGCGUUCCGGAAUGGGAAGCGUUAAUGACCGGCUGCUGGAAAGUCUCAUCAAGAACACCUACGAAUCGGCCAUCCUGACCGGGCUCCAUCCCCGAACAGCCAUCUCGAUUCAACUGCAGGAGAUGCAGGACCAGGGCGGUUUGGUGGCCUGUGCCAUCAAUGCCGUUUGUUUGGCCCUGAUGAACAGCGGAAUCGAAAUGAAGUUUCUGGUGGCCGCGGUCCAUAGCGUGCUGCGGGAGGACGGGGACAUUGUGCUGGAUCCGGAUGCACUGCAGUCAAAGGAUGCCCGGGCCAAGUUUACUUUUGUGUUCGAGAACUGCACGAGGAAUACGGUGUCGAUCUACACGCAUGGGAAGUUUACCACGGAACAGUACCACCGGGCGCUGAAGAUGGCCGAAGAGGCCGUGGAGAAGGUUUUCGGAUUCUAUGCGGACAUUGUGGGGAAGCAGCGGGAGGUGUUGUGAGAGAAUAUAGUCUUGAGCCGAUGUGGGCAUGGAGUUUCUUAUGAGGUUGGUGAUAUCACUGCACUGUGCUUUAGAUGACUAUAAAACGAAGCCAAACAUCGUAUUUUCAAGAGCUCUAGUCUAGGAAAAUUUGAAAUUUUCAGCACAAACGGUUGUCUGGAUUUUCUACUCUUUAAAACGUUCCUAUUUUCAAUAAAAGGUCUUUAAAGUCUCUA